UCUUUGUUAGUUUUAGGGUAAGCUUCCAGCCUGCCUGCCUCAGUUUAUGUCCUGACCAUGGAUGGCAGCAUGGUAUGUGGUGUUCCAAGAGGUUCAUUGACUGUAUAAUCUCUUCUCCACCCUGAUAAAUCUAGGAGAAUACACAGGCAAAAUGAGCCAUGUUUUGGUCUUGGCUCCAUGGAAGUUGUGUGAUCGUGGGCAGGUCAGUUGAGACUCAGUUUCCUAAUAUUUUAAUAGAAAUUUUAAUACCUAUCUUGAUCACAUCAUAGGGAAUUUAGGAGAACGAUUCAAAGAAUGGACAUGAAAGAAACUUGAAAAUUACAAACGGCUGCACAGAGGAUUAUUACCAUGAAGAGAAUGGAAGGGCUUCAGAGGAGCAGAUACGGGACUAUGGCUGAAGGCGGGAUAGAAAAUAAGCUGUUUGCAACCUCGUCCUCAUUGAGGAUCAUCCUGGUGGGCAAAACAGGCAGCGGGAAGAGCGCCACCGGGAACAGCGUCCUCUGCCAGCCAGUGUUUGAGUCCAGGCUGGCGGCCCACUCGGUGACCAGGAAGUGUCAGGGCGCAACGGGCACGUGGGAUGGGAGGAGCGUCCUGGUGGUGGACACGCCCCCCAUCUUUGAGGCAAGGGCCCAGGACCAAGAGGCGUACGAGAACAUCGGGGACUGCUACCUGCUCUCGGCCCCGGGGCCUCACGUGCUGCUGCUGGUGACCCAGCUGGGGCGCUUCACAGAGCAGGACGUGGUGGCCGUGACCAGGGUGAAGGAGGUCUUUGGGGCGAGAGCCCUGAGACACACGGUCAUCCUCUUCACCCACAAGGAGGACUUAGCGGACGGAUCCUUGCAUGACUACGUAGCAAACACAGACAACGUCAGGCUGAGGGGCCUGGUCCGGGAGUGCGGGCACAGGUACUGUGCCUUCAGCAACCGGGCCUCCGGGGACGAGCAGAGGAAGCAGCUGGCCGAGCUGAUGGCCGUGGUCGAGGGGCUGGAGAGGGAGCUCCAGGGCGCCUACCUCAGCAACGACCUCUUCUUUGAUGCACAGCGGCUCCAGCAGGGCGGGGGCGACCCCCAUGGAGAAGGUCACGUGCGCUACCUGGCCAAGGUGCGGUCGCAUAUUGCAAAGCAAAAGCAAGACCUGAGAGAGGCCCAGAGAAACGGCGCCUUCAAGGCGCUCCUGCGAGUCAAACACUCGAUCGUUUCUCACAUCGGAAUAUUUGCUGUUUUUGUUAUAUGCUUUUUGAGUUUGCUUGCCAUUUUAAUUAGCUUGUGUAGCACUCGCGAAUGCUGAGCAUUUUCAGAUGAUACCUGCCAUCAGCUUCCAUUUUUUCAGAGUCAGUAUCUUUGUCUAUGUUGAUAAGGAACUUUAUUUGCUUUUCGUGUAGUUUCACUUUCAAUUUCCCUUCCUUGCACCAGACACACCAUCCAUUUUCUUCAGUUGCUUUUUAGGUAAAUAAAAUCCAAAGGAAAAUUCCCUUUUUGUUUUGUUAAAAAUGGUGAAAGCAAAUAAUAAACUAACUGGAUACAGUCGUGAAAUAUUAGGGAGCUUGCAGGAAGGAAAGUGAGUGGACUGUCACGCUGUGUGAGCAUCUCACCUCUGUGACCUACUUUUUAGAGCCUUGCUGUUGAGGAGAGAAACAUGUUAUAUUAAAAGCUGGUAGUGGAAUUCCUUAUUGUA